AGGACACACAACAAGUAGCCACUCUCAUCUCAUCCCUCUCUCUCUCUCCCUCUGUUUACUCCACUUUCUCUUCUUCUUCUUGUUCUUGCUCUAGAGAUCUCUAUCUCUAUCUUCAUUCUUUUCUCUUUCCCUCUAGAAGACUACUGUGACAUUCUGUCUGAACGCAUCUAUGGCUGCUCUGGUGCUUUCACUUCUUCUUCUAGCCAUGGCUGGCCAUUCUAGUGCCUCAUGGUGUGUGUGCAAAACAGGGCUGAGUGAUACAGUGCUACAGAGUACCCUAGACUAUGCCUGUGGCCAUGGAGCAGACUGUAAUCCCACUCACCCUAAAGCACCUUGCUUUAACCCUGACAAUGUUAGGUCUCAUUGCAGCUAUGCAGUUAAUAGCUUCUUCCAAAAGAAGGGUCAAUCUCCUGGAACUUGUGAUUUCAGUGGCACUGCCACUCCAACUAACACUGAUCCCAGUUAUUCGGGAUGUACCUUCCCUACUAGUGGCAGCGGCUCUGGAGGCUCUGGCGGCUCUGGCGGCUCUAGUGGCUCUGGAGGCUCUGGUGGCUCUAAUGGCUCUAGCGGCAGCACCACUGUGACACCUGGCACAACCAAUCCAAAAGGUGGCUCAACCACCACCACACUUCCUGGUGGCAACAGUCCUUAUUCAGGAAAUCCAACCAAUGGAGUUUUUGGAAACAGUAGCACAGGGAUUAACCCGGACUACUCGACAGAAAGCAGUGCGUUUGCUCUCAAGAACUCAAGCAAAUUGUUCAUAUGCCUUCUCGUGAUCGCUUCGAGUGGAUUCUAUUCUUUCUUGAUGCUCUAGGGAUGUUAAUGUUCUCUGGUUUUUGUGGGUGCACUUGGUUAUUGUCUCAAGGACAUUGGUCUAGCUUAGUGGUAAUAUUUAUCUGUGUUAUGGGUCUAUGUUAUGUUUUUGUUGUAAGAUGAUUUCAGCUAAUGUUUUUACUCUUACUA